CCGGCCCCAAGGCUUUUUCUGGGCAAAGGCUCGGCUCCUUCCUCCCUGAAAUGUGAUUGCGGACGGGCAUUGGCAUGGAUCUGUUAGUCAGUAGUAGUUAACUUCCCCCUCCGUGCGGAGGGACAGCCCAAAAGGCUCCAAGAAAACCCAAGACUUUCCCCCCCCCUCCACCCCCAGUUUUCCUCUCUCCCUCUUCCUCUUCCUAGGCACGCGUUUUCUCCCUCCUUCACCCUUCUAUUCCUACCCUUCUCUCCUUGGAUUUCCUUUUGUAUCACGGAACACCUUGGCCCAUUAUAUAUUCAUUUUGGGACUAUUUGUGUACCUGAAUUGCCGUUGAAUUGACGGUGUAAGGUAUACGUGGUUUUUCCUUUCUUACUGCGCCUGGGCAAAAUUCCCGCCAAACACGACAAGACAUUUUCUUGGCAUCAUGUCCGAGAAUACCGUUCCCCCAACUUCAACACCCCAGGCUGCGCCCGCCCCGGCACCCGUUGCCAGCGAGCAGCCUGCUGUUGCGCAGGCCACUACUACGCCGACCGCGUCGGUGACGGCCACUGCCGCCGCCGCGACCGCCGCAGUUAACAGCACACUCAACGGCGCUGGCGAGCAACUCCCCUGUCAGUGGGUGGGUUGCACCGAGAAAUCCCCCUCUGCCGAAGCGCUCUACGAACACGUCUGCGAGCGCCAUGUCGGCCGCAAAAGCACCAACAACUUGAACUUGACCUGUCAAUGGGGCAACUGCAAUACUACCACCGUCAAGCGCGACCACAUCACCUCUCAUAUCCGUGUGCAUGUCCCCUUGAAGCCACACAAGUGCGACUUCUGUGGCAAGGCAUUCAAGCGGCCCCAGGAUCUGAAGAAACACGUCAAGACCCAUGCCGACGACUCGGAGAUCCGAUCCCCAGAGCCGGGCCUUAAGCAUCAUCACCACCACCCCGAUAUGAUGUUUCCCCAGAAUCCCAAAGGAUACGCUGCUGCCACGCAUUACUUUGAAGGACCCAUGAACGGCGUUUCAAGUGCCGCCUACUCUCACGGGGCUCCUCAGUACUACCAGACCCAUCCGCCUCCUCCCCCAGCCAACCCUCACUCGUACGGCAAUGUAUACUAUGCACUGAGCCAGGGUCAUGAUGGCACUCAGUCGUACGACCGCAAGCGUGGGUACGAUGCCUUGAACGAGUUCUUCGGUGACCUGAAGCGACGCCAAUUUGAUCCUAACUCCUAUGCCGCCGUUGGUCAACGCCUGCUUGGUCUCCAGGCUCUACAGCUUCCGAUCUUGAACGGCCCAGUUCCCGAGUACCAGCCCAUGCCUGCUGCCGUUCCGGUUGCCCAUGGUGGUGGCUACAGCCCCGGUGGUGGUCAUGCCCCCGCAUACCAUCUUCCUCCCAUGUCCAACGUCCGCACUAAGAACGAUCUGAUCAAUAUUGAUCAGUUCUUGGAGCAGAUGCAAAACACCAUCUACGAGAGUGACGAGAACGUCGCCGCGGCCGGCGUGGCUCAGCCCGGCGCUCACUACGUGCACGGUGGCAUGAGCUACCGUGCUACCCACUCUCCCCCUAGCCAGCUGCCCCCUAGCCACAUUACCGCGACUACCUCCGGUCCUAUGAUGGCCGCCACGGCACACUCGCCUUCUACUGGCACUCCCGCUCUGACCCCGCCAUCUAGCGCCCAAUCCUACACCUCGCAACGCUCCCCGGUCUCCCUUCCCCAGACCCACCGAGUAUCGCCGCCUCACGAGAGCGGUGCCGGCAUGUACCCUCGUCUGCCGUCGGCCACCAUGUCCGACAACAUGACGACGGGCUACCCGACUGCCUCUAGCGCGGCUCCCCCGUCCACCCUGAGUGGCGCAUUCGAUCACGACGAUCGCCGCCGCUACACUGGUGGCACCUUGCAGCGCUCUCGUCCUGCCGAGCGGGAAGCCGACGAGCACCGUAUGGAUACCUCGACCGAUGGCGAGCGCACCCCUACCAAGGAGCACCCUUCCAUCACCUCAAGUCUGAUUGAUCCUGCCUUGUCAACUGCUUCAGAUCCCGACCAGGAGGCUGCUCAGCGGACCGCUCAAGCCGCGACCGAAGUCGCCGAGCGUGACGUCAAUGUCGCCUGGGUGGAGAAGGUCCGACUCUUGGAGAAUCUGCGACGUUUGGUCUCCGAACUGUUGGAGCAGGGCCGCUUCGACGGUGACUCGGCGGGUCACAACGGUGCUGAGGAGUCACCCGCUCUUCCGGGUGAUGGCGCCAUGGACGGUAUCGAGACGGCCAGUACUCGGGCAUUCUCUGAGCACGGCAAAGAAUCGCCCAAGUCCGAGGCAGGUGCGGCGGUUCUCUACCCGACCCUCCGUGGGGUGGACGAGGAUGGCGAUGCCAAGAUGCCCGUCGACGAGUAAAAGACUUCUGGGAAAGAACCGGGGAGGUCAAAUUAGUAUAUUUUUUUUCCCCCUUUCUAGUUAUUUUUAACGCCGUCACGACCAUUUCUAUUUUGUCCUUGGGGAACUUCCCACAUCUCCUGUUUCUCUGGGUUGGGGCUACUCUACACUCCUCUUCUUUGUGUCCUUUCUAUAUCUUCAAUUACCUUGGGCUUCAUGACUGUUCCCAUGUUAUUUCUUAUCUUUGGAUUCUUAUUCAUGCGCUUCUCCUUUCCUGAUACUCAGUUUCCAAUCAAGACAUCCAUCGGUCUGAUCCGGACCCGUUUCACUCUAUUUGGAUUUCUUUUCCAUAUGUACUGUAUGAUUCUUGGGGUCAAGCAACCUGUUUAUUUACACUCCAAGUUGUUUGCGUCCACGUAUCAUCCUUCCACUUCGUGGUGCCCUCGUAAACAGUACACAGACAAGCAAGCUCCGCU